GCCAGGAGUCCACCAGACUCCCCAGCUCAGCCACAGAGUCAUUUCCAACAUUCCUUGAGCGCCAACUGUCUGCCAUCCUUAGGCAUGAAAUCACGGAGGACGCGGCACACAGUUAUUCAGCGAUAGUUAUGACCUCCCGGUUACGUGCGUUGGGUGGAAGAAUUAAUAAUAUACGAACCUCUGAAUUACCCAAAGAGAAAACUCGAUCCGAAGUCGUCUGCAGCAUACGCUUUUUAGAUGGCUUGGUGCAGACCUUUAAAGUUAACAAACAAGACACUGGCCAGUCGCUCCUGGACAUGGCACACAGCCAUCUGGGCGUGACGGAGAAGGAGUACUUUGGCCUGCAGCAUGGCGACGACCCGCUGGACUCCCCCAGAUGGCUUGAGGCAAGCAAACCCCUCAGGAAGCAGCUGAAAGGAGGUUUCCCCUGUACGCUGCAUUUUCGAGUAAGAUUUUUUAUACCUGAUCCCAACACACUGCAGCAGGAACAAACCAGGCAUUUGUAUUUCUUACAACUGAAGAUGGAUAUUUGUGAAGGAAGGUUAACCUGCCCUCUGAACUCGGCGGUGGUUCUGGCCUCCUAUGCAGUACAAUCUCAUUUUGGAGACUUUAACUCUUCCAUACAUCAUCCAGGCUAUCUUGCCGACAGCCAGUUCAUACCAGAUCAAAGCGAUGACUUCUUAACCAAGGUGGAAUCGCUCCAUGAGCAGCACAGUGGGCUAAAGCAGUCCGAGGCGGAAUCCUGCUACAUCAAUAUAGCACGGACCCUCGACUUCUACGGCGUGGAGCUGCACGGAGGGAGAGAUCUGCACAAUUUAGAUCUCAUGAUUGGGAUCGCUUCUGCGGGCAUUGCUGUGUACCGAAAAUACAUCUGCACAAGUUUCUAUCCUUGGGUCAACAUCCUCAAAAUUUCUUUCAAAAGGAAAAAGUUCUUUAUACAUCAGCGGCAAAAGCAGGCUGAAUCCAGGGAACAUAUUGUGGCCUUCAACAUGCUAAAUUACCGAUCUUGCAAAAACUUGUGGAAAUCCUGUGUCGAGCACCAUUCAUUUUUUCAGGCGAAGAAGUUACUACCUCAGGAGAAGAAUGUUCUGUCUCAGUACUGGACUCUGGGCUCCAGGAACCCCAAAAAGUCUGUAAAUAACCAAUAUUGCAAAAAGGUGAUUGGAGGGAUGGUGUGGAACCCAGCCAUGAGGAGGUCCUUGUCGGUGGAACAUCUGGAAACCAAGAGCCUGCCUUCUCGGUCCCCUCCCAUCACCCCCAACUGGCGAAGUCCUCGGCUCCGACACGAGAUCCGAAAGCCCCGCCACUCCUCUGCAGAUAACCUAGCCAACGAGAUGACCUACAUCACAGAAACCGAAGACGUGUUCUACACCUACAAGGGCUCCCUGUCUCCGAAAGACAGCGAUUCCGAAGUUUCCCAGACGCGCAGCCCCCACCGAGAGAGUUUAUCCGAGAACAACCCAGCUCACAGCUGCCUGACCCAGAAGUCAUCCAGUUCUGUGUCUCCAUCUUCAAACGCUCCAGGCUCCUGCUCCCCAGAUGGUGUUGAUCAGCAGUUCUUAGAGGACUACCACAAGGUGACCAAAGGGAGCUCAACUGAGGAUGCCAACCAGUACUACUGUGACAAGAAUGAUGAUGGUGACGGCUACUUAGUCCUGAUCCGUAUCACUCCAGAUGAGGAUGGAAAGUUUGGAUUCAAUCUUAAGGGAGGUGUGGAUCAAAAGAUGCCUCUUGUGGUCUCAAGAAUAAACCCAGAGUCACCUGCGGACACCUGCACACCUAAGCUGAAUGAAGGGGACCAGAUCGUGCUGAUCAAUGGCCGGGACAUCUCGGAGCACACCCACGACCAGGUGGUGAUGUUCAUCAGGGCCAGUCGGGAGUCCCACUCGAGGGAGCUGGCCCUGGUUAUCAGGAGGAAAGCCGUGCGCUCAUUUGCAGAGAUCAGAUCGGAAGAUGAGCUGAGCCAGCUUUUCCCAGAGGCCAUUUUCCCCGUGUGUCCUGAGGGCGGGAGCACUUUAGAGGGAUCCAUGGAACUGCUGAAGAAAGGUCUCGAAAGUGGCACAGUGCUGAUCCAGUUUGAGCAACUCUAUAGAAAGAAGCCAGGUUUAUCCAUCACAUUUGCAAAGCUGCCUCAGAAUUUGGACAAAAACCGAUAUAAAGAUGUGCUGCCUUAUGACACCACCAGAGUAUUACUGCAGGGAAACGAAGAUUAUAUUAACGCGAGUUAUGUGAACAUGGAAAUCCCUGCUGCUAACCUCGUGAACAAGUACAUUGCCACUCAGGGACCCCUGCCACAUACCUGUGCACAAUUUUGGCAAGUUGUCUGGGAUCAGAAGCUGUCACUCAUUAUCAUGUUGACGACGCUCACAGAGCGAGGGCGGACCAAGUGUCACCAGUACUGGCCUGAUCCCCCUGACGUCAUGGACCAUGGCAUCUUUCACAUCCAGUGUCAGGCAGAGGAUUGCACCAUCGCCUACGUGUCCCGAGAGAUGCUGGUCACAAACACCGAGACCGGGGAAGAACACACUGUGACCCACCUGCAGUAUGUCGCAUGGCCUGACCACGGAGUGCCUGAUGACUCCUCGGACUUUCUGGAGUUUGUGAACUAUGUGAGGUCCCUGAGGGUGCGUGGUGAGCCCGUCCUGGUUCACUGCAGUGCUGGAAUAGGUCGAACGGGCGUGUUGGUCACUAUGGAAACAGCCAUGUCCUUAAUUGAGAGGAACCUGCCUGUUUACCCACUGGAUAUUGUCCGGAAAAUGCGAGACCAGCGCGCCAUGAUGGUGCAGACAUCAAGCCAGUACAAGUUUGUGUGUGAAGCGAUUCUUCGCGUGUAUGAAGAAGGCCUAGUCCAGAAGCUGGAUCCCAGCUAGGACAACUGUGAAGCGUCUGUUCCUCCCUCCCCAGGGCGUCCUCCCAAAGAAGGGGCUUGCACACCUUCUCCUGGAGGCCUCAAGAGACCUGGCCCCUGCGGGAAAGGGAUGCACUUGUUUGAACCCAGGCACUUUACAUUUCUGUGGAAAAGGUAUCCUGUACAUAGGAACUGAUGUAGAUAAUGCAUGCAACUAUGGCUUCUUUGGACCCAGAGACACACGCAGCAGGGGAAGCUCACUUUGAGGACUGCGUUCCCCCCCCAGACAUCACCAUCCCCUGAUGGCCGUCCUUGGGCAGCUGAGAGGAGAUGCCAGCAAUGCUAUUGGCCCUCCCCUAGAAGCCAGACAGUGUGGCUACGUAGGGUUACUGGGGUGUUUCAUGUGUUGCUGUUCGUAGGACUCUGAGAGCUGAGCUUCCUGGACCUCUAGGUGGGGCUGGAGCAAUUGGUGUCCAUCCCCCCUGGCACCAAGGAAGCCCUGAUGAAUGUACCACAGGCGGGGUUCAGAGAAUUGCGGCUGGAGGGUGGGCGGCAUCUUGUCUGCCCUCCCUCCCUUUGCCUCUUCUCCGCCCCUUCUGCCCUCUGCCCAAAGCGCCCUGCUUCCUCCCCGCGUUCCUCCGCGUCAGGAUCGUUCGUACUCAGUGCCUGAGCCAGCUGGCUCCCGGACGUGCGGGGGGUUCUCAGCUGAGACUGGGAACCAGACUCUCAGAGUGGUGCUGGGUCUCAGUUCUAGAAGCAAGUACGUCCCUUGCCUCUCACUGCACACCCAGACGCCGUGACUGGAGUCGCCGACUACUGAAUCGCUACAUGGAUUGCUGCUACUUCAAGUUCGCCGACUUGUAAUGAGACGAUUCUCCGGGUGGGGGUCAAGGGCGGUGAUAGCAUCCAAAUAUUCAGAAUCUUUGGCCCUUCUGAGAAAAGACCUUAUAAUUAGUAACCAUGGGAGACCCCGCUUCACAAGGGUGUCCUAUGGGUAUGUGUGUGUGUAACCCUCAGGUGGGUGUGUGUGUGUGCAUGUGUAACCCACGGGUGAGUGCUUCUCAGGAUUCCUAACUUGCUUCAAAUUACCAUUGAGCUUCUAUAAAGAGUGAGUCUGUGUAUAGAAGAACAAACAUGCAUUCACCCUCAGUUACAAUGGUCUUCAUUUCAUUUCAAGGGAGAGGAUCAGUCUAUCUGAAUAUAAACACAAUUUGAUGUUAAUUUAUUCUAAGAACCCCAGGAUUUUGAUUGUUCUAAAGAAUUCUGCCUUUGUGAAUACUAUGUUAAUUUUUUUUAAUUUGUGACAGGGUUGUAGCAAAUUAUUAUUUAAGGAAAAUAAAUUACAUAAACAUUUUAAUGUGGUAUUUUUAAAUAGCAGUUUUUAUGUAACCAGAAGAAAAUUAAACCAGUUCCCUUAAUGGCAUUUAUAGAAAAGAUGCUUUCAUAUUAUAGUGCCCAGUUCCCUUAAUAGCAUUUAUAGAAAAGACGCUUUCAUAUUAUAGUGCAUGUAGACAAAGCCGUGUUGGUAUUUAGCAGACACUGGACCAAUUAAAUCAUUUCCUGGUUGCAUGAUGAGCAAGGCCCUAGCCAUAGGGGGCCAGGUCUCCAAAGGUUCUUCACCUGCAGGCUCGGCAUAUCCACUUCCCAACUUCCUGUCUUUUUUCCACACAGACUUUGCUGAUAAAUGUCAUGAGUGGGAAGGAGGCAAUAGCCAGCGCCCUAUGUAAGAAGAACUUACUAGAAAGCUUGGAUAAGGGCUGGAAGCUUUGGCUCCUCAUCCCACUUUCAGGGAAGAAACCUAGGAACCGUACCUCUUCUUCCCAUGUUUUCCUUCUGUGUAAAAGACAAGGAACAACAUUUGGGACUUGGGGUCCAAAUGAGAACAGAGUGAGGUCCCACCACGGCUAUGAAUGCCCGUCUACUGUUGUAUAAACCAACGGUGCUGGGACAAGGUGCUUGGAAAAGUAGACUUCCCAUGGCUGGCCCCUAAGCAUAUCCGACAGGCGGGGCUCCUCAGGUUCCUAUAGAACCGUGCUCUUCUAGAAGAAGGUGAAAAUGAACAGAGGACUAUCACCUGGUACUCUGGGACCUUUGUUCAACCUCGACUCAGAAAAAUUCUCCUAGCAAAAUAUGAAAAAAAAAAAAAAAGGAGCAGGGAAUGCUGGCUAAAUUUAAAUGGUACCAGGCUGUUUAGCAAGUCAUUACCAUUUGAUAAAAACGUAUCGCCACCCUGUGUGCAAAACAUUUGCAGAGUCUAAAUGUCCUUGGAGAUUUAAAAAAAAAAAAACAAGUUGUUUAAUGUGGCUAUGGAAAUGAUGCUAUUAUGCUUACAUAAAUUUUGACAAAGCUGAUAAAGGUUAUAGCUGGCCUUUUUCCAGCCACUGUGCAGGCCAGCAGUUCAGACCUAGCAGAUGUUGCCAGGAAUGAAGUCCAUGAGAUUCAGGGAGAACAAGGCAAGAAAAGGCUCUGGAGUGAACAUGUCGAUAUUACCAGUCCAAAUCCAUAGCACAGGGCUCCCGCUUCCCCACCCGCACCUCAGCACUUGCUUCGUCCCCAGUGAAGAACUGCCUCAGAAUCAGGGGAAAUAUUUUGCCUGGGAAAUUUGGCUGGAUAUGAAUGGAGGGGACAUUCACACCCUGCAUUCUGGCACCUUCCGGAAGAUCUAAUUAGACACACUGCUGUGCUGACUGACUCCCGGGUGGGUUCCCUGCUGCUGUCACUCUCGAGAUCCUACACUUGGUGUUUUGACUUUCCAGAAAAAAAAAUAAGAAGAAGAAGAAGAAGAUCCAAGUGGCUGGGUCACAAGCAUGUUCCCAUCUUUUGUUUUCUGCCAGUUGAUACCUAAAUCUGUUUCAGAUGAGUGUAGAUGUUACUGCUUCUGUGUCCUGGUCCCCCCCUCCUUUUUUUGUCCUUAGAAAUUAUCAUUUGGAAGCAGCAAUGGCUUUCUUCCUCCUCCAGAGCCAUCAAAAAGGUAGCAUUGGUGGGGAAAAAUUGUAAAAGUGCAGACCUGGACUGAGAUAAGAUGUGCAAUCCUCAGCCUUCUGUUUCUCUUUCGGUAUAUGGGAAUGAUUGGGCUGGACCAGCUGAGCUCAGGAUUUACCCUUCUAGACAUAAAUCCUUAGCUACCUAGGAAUAGCUGCCAGAGAGGAAUGUGUCCCAUUUCUGUGACUUGUGCCCAGGAGGCUGUCUCAGACCUUUGUACUGCUGAGUAGAAGACAAGGUCUGCCACCCUCUGGUUCUUGCCUGACAUUCUAGGCGGAGAGCAGCCUCAGUAAAGACAGCAAAACCCAUGUGGCCACAGCCUGGGGAACUAAACCAUGGAAACUGGAAGCCGACUGUCUCACCGCCUUGAUGGCUUCUGUUCAGCGCAGCCAAAGGACUGUGUUAAGCCAUGUUGUUUUGAAAAGUAUCUUAGCUGAUGAGCAAUAUUUUUUUUUCUGUAA